AUGCUAUUUCUAUUCAUGAUCUCCAACGUCUUCGUUCUCCGCGCUGGUCCUACGAGGGUGCAUUCAUACAUCAACCGCGCACUCGCCGUUCUCUCUCUCGCCUCUUCGGCGUUUGCCUUCGUGUUUAUGGUUGCUAUUUUCGAUAUUGCCAAGCAUCGAUUUGAGAAGAAGGGGCUGGAAGCUACUCUGGGUCCUUUGGAGGGCGGGUUUGGGUUUGGGUCGUCGAAGGCGGUUUCGUUCCCUGGCGGGGAUUCGUCAGACCCGGAAGCGCGGUUGACCCCGACUAAACCUCGUCGACAGUCGAGGCGGUUUAGUAGGAAGUUUUGA